AUGGAUUUCUUCACCGAACUUGAUUUCCCAAAACUUGAGAUUCCUCAUGACCUCAACUGGUUUUCCUCUCCUCAACAAAACGAGACAGACAAAAUCAUGGAAAUUUCGCCAUUAGAGGGUUUCUUCGAGUUUGAUUGGCAAACCCAGUUGCCAUACCAAAACAAGAGACUUUGCUUCAAUGAGUUCCCAGAUCUUGAAAAUUUCAACUUCGACUUCAACCUUCCAUCGCUUGAUGAAUAUUUUGCGGUGCACGAACCGAAGCCCCUGAAUAUUGUUGUUCCCCCUUGGGGGCAUUGCAAUCGUGAGUGUGGUAUUGGCGAAACUUCGGGGAAGAUUGGAGGUGGGUUUGGGACUUCUGUGAAGAAAGAGGUGGAGAAUGAAGAGUUGUCAACUCCAGUUGCUAGUGGAAGCAAAAAGAAGAGGUCAAUUGCUUUGGAAUUUGAUGAGAUAAAGAAGCAUUUUGGGCUUCCCAUAACAGAAGCGGCAAAGGAAAUGAAUGUUGGGUUGACCCUGUUGAAGAGAAGGUGCAGGGAGCUCAACAUCACGAGGUGGCCUCACAGGAAACUAAAGAGCUUGAAGUUACUCAUCGACAACGUCAAGGAAAUGGGUUUGGCAAACGAGGUUGUCAUGUUGGAGAAACACAAAAUGAUGUUGGAGAGACUACCGGGAAUGGAACUGAAUGAAGAAACCAAGAAGCUGAGGCAGGCUUGUUUUAAAGCUAAUUACAAGAGGAGAAGAUGUUUGGCCUCCCAAUCUUGACCUUCAUGGUCAUUUUCUUGGAAUUUUGCAGGUAACAAAAGUUGACAUACAAACAAA